ACUGCAGCAGCGGGCGCCGGCCGGCCUCAGCGCAGCCCCGAGCGAGCCGCAGCCUCCAGCGAGCCCCGGCCCGCAGCCUCCAGCCCCGCAACGUCCGGCUACGCAGCCCCCAGCGAGCCCCGAGCCCGCAGCCUCCGGCCCCCAGCGAGCCCCGAGCCCCGCAACGCCCAGCCCGAGCGAGCCCCGCAACGCCCAGCCCGAGCGAGCCCCGCAUCCCGGCCAUGGCGGCGCCCCGCAGCGACAGCGAGAAGCGGAAGCAGAUCAGCGUGCGGGGCAUUGCGGGGCUGGGCGACGUGGCCGAGGUGCGGAAAAGCUUCAACCGGCACCUGCACUUCACGCUGGUCAAGGACCGCAACGUGGCCACCCCCCGCGACUACUUCUUCGCGCUGGCGCACGCGGUGCGGGACCACCUGGUGGGGCGCUGGAUCCGCACCCAGCAGUGCUACUACGAGCGGGACCCCAAGCGUAUUUAUUACCUGUCUCUGGAAUUCUACAUGGGCCGCACCCUGCAGAAUACAAUGGUGAACCUGGGUAUGCAGAAUGUCUGUGAUGAAGCCAUUUACCAGCUGGGUCUGGACUUGGAGGAGCUGGAAGAAAUCGAAGAAGAUGCUGGCCUGGGUAACGGAGGGCUGGGUCGCCUGGCAGCUUGCUUCCUCGACUCCAUGGCGACGCUGGGGCUGGCAGCCUAUGGCUACGGGAUCCGAUACGAAUUUGGCAUAUUUAAUCAGAAGAUUCUCGAUGGCUGGCAGGUGGAGGAAGCCGAUGAUUGGCUGCGCUAUGGCAACCCCUGGGAAAAAGCCCGCCCUGAGUAUAUGCUUCCUGUGCAUUUCUACGGCCGAGUGGAGCACACUGCGGAGGGCGUGAAGUGGAUCGAUACUCAGGUAGUUCUUGCCAUGCCUUAUGAUACCCCUGUGCCAGGAUACAAGAACAACACCGUGAACACAAUGAGACUGUGGUCUGCCAAAGCACCCAAUGACUUCAACCUUCAGGAGUUUAAUGUGGGUGAUUAUAUCGAGGCUGUGUUGGAUCGAAACCUGGCAGAAAACAUCUCCCGAGUCCUGUAUCCGAAUGACAAUUUCUUCGAAGGGAAGGAGCUGCGGCUGAAGCAGGAAUACUUCGUGGUAGCUGCCACCCUGCAGGACAUCAUUCGCCGGUUCAAGUCUUCCAACUUCGGCUCCCGAGACCCAGUCAGGACAUGCUUUGAGACCUUCCCAGACAAGGUCGCCAUUCAGCUGAACGACACUCACCCAGCACUUUCCAUCCCAGAACUCAUGCGGAUCCUGGUGGACGUGGAGAAAAUGGAGUGGGAGAAGGCCUGGGAGGUCACCAAGCGGACCUGCGCCUACACCAACCACACCGUGCUGCCCGAGGCCCUGGAGCGCUGGCCAGUCACCAUGUUCGAGAAGCUGCUGCCGCGCCACCUGGAGAUCAUUUAUACCAUCAACCAAAGACAUCUGGAUCACGUGGCCGCCCUCUACCCCGGAGACCUAGACCGUCUGCGCAGGAUGUCCGUGAUCGAGGAAGGGGACUGCAAGAGGAUUAACAUGGCCCACCUCUGCGUGAUCGGCUCCCACGCCGUCAAUGGGGUGGCCAGGAUUCACUCCGAAAUCGUGAAGAAUUCCGUAUUCAAAGAUUUCUACGAGAUGGAACCAGAGAAAUUCCAGAACAAGACGAACGGCAUCACUCCACGGCGCUGGCUCCUGCUGUGCAAUCCAGGACUCGCAGGUGUCAUUGCUGAGAAAAUCGGAGAAGAUUUUGUAACGGAUCUGAGCCAGCUGAAGAAGUUACUGGAUUUUGUCGAUGACGAGGUGUUUAUCCGGGAUGUGGCCAAAGUUAAACAGGAGAACAAGCUCAAGUUCUCGGCCUACUUGGAGGAGACGUACAAGGUGAAAAUCAACCCGUCCUCCAUGUUCGACGUGCACGUGAAGCGGAUUCACGAGUACAAGAGGCAGCUCCUCAACUGUCUGCACAUCAUCACCCUCUACAACCGCAUGAGAAAAGACCCAUCAAAGUCCUUUGUGCCAAGGACGGUGAUGAUUGGAGGAAAGGCAGCUCCCGGCUACUACAUGGCCAAAAUGAUUAUCAAACUGAUCACGUCCAUCGGGGACGUCAUCAAUAACGAUCCCUAUAUAGGAGAUCGACUCAAAGUCAUCUUCUUGGAGAACUACAGGGUGUCCUUUGCUGAGAAAGUGAUUCCCGCGGCCGAUCUGUCCCAGCAGAUCUCCACGGCCGGCACCGAGGCCUCAGGCACGGGGAACAUGAAGUUCAUGCUGAACGGCGCCCUCACCAUCGGGACCAUGGACGGGGCCAACGUGGAGAUGGCGGAGGAAGCCGGCGAGGAGAAUCUGUUCAUCUUCGGCAUGCGGGUGGAGGACGUGGAGGCGCUGGACAAGCGAGGGUACAAUGCUAGGGAAUACUACGAGCGCAUUCCAGAACUGAGACAAGCCAUCGACCAGCUCAGCAGCGGCUUCUUCUCGCCUAAAGACCCUGGCUGCUUCCGGGAUGUCGUCAAUAUGUUGAUGAACCACGACAGAUUUAAAGUGUUUGCUGACUACCAGGCCUACAUGGAGUGUCAGGGCCGCGUUGACCAGUUGUACAGGAAGCCAAGAGAGUGGACUAAGAAGGUCAUCAAGAACAUUGCUUCCUCAGGGAAGUUUUCCAGUGACAGGACGAUCACCGAGUAUGCCAGAGAAAUCUGGGGUGUGGAGCCGUCAGCUGUGAAGAUCCCCCCACCUAACAUCCCCAGGGAAUAAGCUGGGCACUAAAUGUGUGUCUGGUUGAUCCAGGCUUAAGGUGCUUCUGGUUUCCAGCUAGGUUUGCACAGAUGAACUUACACUAGUUGAGGGUCUGGAAUCUAUGAAAUAGGGCAUUCGCCAGGGAGAAGAGGGUGCUUUUAAUAAGAGCAGCGUGGGAGAUGUUGGCCAAAGCCUUGUGUGUGAAAACAAGUAAAACAAAAAGAGCAGCAGGAAACCGGGUUAGAACUAAGGCUAUUCUGUGUGUUACUCAUUUAACCAACUUGCAUGUCCUGUACUGUGUUGAGUGAGCUAAUGGCUGCAUAGGCUUCCUGAAGCUACAUCCCAUGCUAGGCCACGCACUUAGUGAAAUUCUUGUUUUCCCCUUCUGUAGAAAGGCUGCGCUAGUCUCCGUAGAGGGGGUGAUCUCUGAACACCCUGCUCAGGUGAUCUGCCAGUGUGGUCUGAGCCUACCCACGCCUCCCACCCUGCCAGUCACUGCUAGGGGCCUCCCCUGGGUUCUUACACCUUCGAGCCACGGUCGGAGCUGGGACACAGGUUAGGUGAAGCAGGAGUGGAGCCAAAACACCUCAUUUUCCCUAUUAACGUUUUAUGGCUAAAGGUAAAUGACCCCACCCUCACGAGGUGGCUAGUUUUGCUGCAUUGGUUGAAAUAGGAUUAAACUGCACUAGCCAGCCGGCCUGUUUUAAUGAUCACAAAAUGAGAUUUAUUUAUUUUUAAACUGCCAAGUAGAAAACGUGCAGAAGGAGCUGACAGGCUGUGUGAGCACAGCCGGGGGCUUUUGGCGCACACCUGAGCCCUAACCUUAUGGUUGCGUCUGUACCUAGCAGCCCUGGGUGAGCUGGAGGAUGGGGCGUGUGAGAUUCAUGCUGAAAAGGGGCAGCUAAUGGACUUCAGCCAAGAUUGAAACCAGCCUCUUUCCUUACCAGGUGGGGCCAGGGAUUUUGGGAGUUCGCUGUAAAGACCGCACCUCAUUUGAAUUAAAAAGCAGCUUGCAGACAGCAAUUCAAUAUGGAGGCACCUCCUGGAGUGGUUAUAGGUCCCUGUCUAAGGCACCAUCUUGCUCCAAGUUGUGUUUAUAGAGCUGCUAUGAAGGCAUGAGAGAGUGGUUUAGCCUUCACCUAGCAUGGGCAAAAGCAGAAGCGCUGUACCCGCUGAGCAGGGCGAUGUACAGGACACUGCAAACCUGCGGAAAUGCUUCCUAAAGAAUUUAGGUUUAGUGAGGUCAAGCCCCCUGCAGCCGCCGGUUGGCAGCUGGGCCUGGCUUGCGCUUUGUAACGCAGACAAGGCCCAUGCUCUGAAGAAAUACUUGUAAGCACCAGCCUGUAAACGCUGUGCUUGUGUGAGAGCAGGGGGCUGGAUGGCUGCUGAGGGGGGUGGGCCAUGCGCAUGGCCUUGUGCACAGGGGGAAGAGGAGCCUGUCAGCUUAACACUCCC